UUUUAACUGUACACAUUUUAAAAAUUUGAGACUCAUUCUUUUAUUUUACAGAUAUUUACUGAGUGUCUAUUGAGUGCCAGGCACCAUAUCUAUGUUCAGUGAAAAACCCUGUGAGGUCAACAGAGGACCUUAUACCCAGUGACCAUCUUUGCUUGUGGAAAUAACAGUGGUAUCAAUCACAUAUAUUUGCUGCUAUUUGCUUCUAAACCCACUCAGAACGGGAACAAUUUGGACUCACUUGCUGGCUACAGAAACCCUGUCACCAUGAUGCAUUUCAAAAGUGGACUUGAGUUAACUGAGUUACAAAACAUGACUGUACCAGAAGAUGAUAAUGUUAGCAAUGAUUCCAAUGAUUUCACUGAAGUAGAAAAUGGUCAGAUAAAUAGCAAGUUUAUUUCUGAUCGGGAAAGUAGAAGAAGUCUCACAAACAGCCAUUUGGAAAAAAAGAAAUGUGAUGAAUAUAUUCCAGGAACAACCUCCUUAGGAAUGUCUGUUUUUAACCUAAGCAAUGCCAUUAUGGGCAGUGGGAUUCUGGGACUUGCAUUUGCCCUGGCCAAUACUGGAAUCCUUCUUUUUCUGAUCCUAUUGGUUUCGGUGACAUUGCUGUCUAUAUAUUCAAUAAACCUCCUACUGAUCUGCUCCAAGGAAACAGGUUGCAUGGUUUAUGAAAAACUGGGUGAGCAAGUCUUUGGUACCACAGGGAAGUUUGUGAUCUUCGGAGCUACAUCUCUCCAGAACACUGGAGCAAUGCUGAGCUAUCUCUUCAUAGUAAAAAAUGAACUUCCUUCAGCCAUCAAGUUCCUCAUGGGAAAAGAAGAGGAAUUUCCAGCCUGGUAUGUGGAUGGACGGGUGCUGGUGGUGGCGGUGACCUUCGGCAUAAUUCUCCCUCUGUGUCUCUUGAAGAACUUAGGUUAUCUUGGCUAUACCAGUGGAUUUUCCUUGAGCUGUAUGGUGUUUUUCCUAAUAGUGGUAAUCUACAAGAAAUUUCAAAUUCCCUGCAUUACUGCAGCCCUCAAUGCAACAAGUCUUAAUUCAACAAACAGUGAUAUGUGUACACCAAAAUACGUCACCUUCAAUUCUAAGACUGUGUAUGCUUUACCAACCAUUGCCUUUGCAUUUGUAUGUCACCCCUCGGUCCUGCCAAUCUACAGCGAGCUGAAAGAUCGAUCACAGAAAAAAAUGCAGAUGGUGGCAAAUAUCUCCUUUUUCGCCAUGUUUCUGAUGUACUUCUUGACGGCCAUUUUUGGAUACUUGACUUUCUAUGGAGCUGUGCAGUCAGACCUCCUUCACAAGUACCAGAGCAGAGACAACGACAUUCUCAUCCUGACAGUGCGGCUGGCUGUCAUUGUCGCUGUUAUCCUCACAGUGCCGGUGUUGUUUUUCACAGUUCGUUCAUCCUUGUUUGAAUUGGCUAAGAAAACGAAAUUUAACUUAUGUCGCCAUGUCUUGGUUACAUUUUUCCUCUUGGUGAUCAUCAACUUGCUGGUGAUCUUUAUCCCCUCCAUGAAGGAUAUCUUUGGAGUUGUAGGUGUUACCUCUGCUAAUAUGCUUAUUUUCAUCCUUCCUUCAUCUCUUUAUUUAAAAAUCACAAAUCAGGAUGGAGAUAAAGGCACACAAAGAAUUUGGGCUGCCCUCUUUUUGGGACUGGGGGUACUGUUUUCCUUGGUCAGCAUUCCUCUGGUCAUCUACGACUGGGCCUGCUCGUCAGGUUAGCAAUGAAGGCUACUAAAACCAACCCAGGAAAGAAAAGCUUCCGGACCCCAACGCUCAUCAACCUGUCAAUCAUCAGCAAUACCCACCCCUCCACUUCCUUUCAAGUUUACAGAAGCAAACAGAAAUGUAUAAGAUGCUGAAAAAUGGAACAACACUGGUGGCACACAGAGGCCCUUUUCUCUGGUGCUUCCUAGUCCUCUCAGACUUGAGGUCUAUGUGUGGAUUGUGCAUAUUUUUCCCUCCAGAUUUCAUGCAAAUUUUUUAAAAUUUAUUUUUGUUGUUAUUAUAAAGGUGAUGUACAGAGUGGUUACAGUUUCAUAAGUCAGGUAAUGAGUGCAUUUCUUAUUUUUGACAAUGUACAUUUCUCCCCCCCACCACAAUACUUUCAUAAUCAAUUAUUUUUUACUUUCCUAACUCAGUGUUUGGUGGCUUCACGGUCUCUUUUAGAAAUAUGAAAAUGUGAUCAUCUGCCAUGUUCCUUUAUUACUCACCCACUUCUGAAAUGAUAUUCUUACUAAUAUUUGGCUCACACUAUCUGUACCUUUUUAGAAGAGAAAAUAAUAUUGAAUUGUAUAUAUUUUAUUUUGCUUUACAGGAAAAAAUGAAUAUUGUCUCAUACAUAAUUUGCCUAUUUUUGGUUAACACAGCACACAAGGAUAAUUGUGGGACAGUCCUAGCGUCCAUUCCAUUGCUGGAUCUGAGCAUUCCUAAUAUUUGAGGCAGUUCUCAUCACUGGAUAGAAAAAGGGUCUGAAUACUACCUUAGUAAAGAGAUUUAGCUACACAUUUGGACCAUCUAGCUAAUGAAGUUUUGUUUUUCUCUUGGCAUCCUCGGUCAAAGUUACUCUAGUCUGAGUUAACUUCAACUUGAGAAGAAUUGGGAACCCUACAAUGAAAAAUUGUCCAAAAUACCUAUGAAAAUAGUCCUCAAUACAGCCUGCUCUCAACUGUCCACGUGUUGUUGGAACAGGAAGUGUUUUAUUAGAUGAACAGCCUAGCAUUGAACCUUGGCCACCUGCUUUAUGCAACAGAGAAGAAUGUGCAUCUGAACUAAGAAUGAGCUAGGCUAAAUCAUUCCUGUUUUAUAUUGGGUACUUUAAGGGAAUCUUAAAAAAAAAAAAAGACUUUUCUAUCUAUAAAUCUAGGUUAGUACAAAUAUAUAAGAUUUUGUACCUUCGAUAAGCCUCAUUUAUAUUUUCUCUGUUAACUCUCCAUCUAGUCUUGAUAAUAACUCUCCAAAGGUAGUCUUUGUGAGGAGAAUGACUCUCUCUCUCUCUCUCUCUCUCUCUCUCUCUCUCUCUCUCUCUCUCUCUCUCUC